AUGCCUACGGUCUUGACCCUUGGAUGUGUUGCCCUUGUGGUCUUGUAUGGGACCUUCUAUGCCUUACUACACGCUACCCAGAACAAGCGUGAACCUCGCCUCCUGCCGGGUACAAUCCCUUUCCUGGAUCCUGGAAUCGGAAUAGCCAGGAAUAAAGUCGACUACCUCGUCAAUCUUCGGAAGCGAUAUCGCCUGCCCAUCCAUACCAUGCGUAUGCCGUUCCAACGAUUCUACAUCGUCCAAUCGCCGCAAUUGAUUCAGACUGUGCAGAACAAGACCAAUAUCUCAACCUUCGUACCGACACUGCUAGACUUUGGGAUGCUCUUCAGCGGGCUGAAUAAGGAAUCCCAGAAGGUGCUCCGCGGGGCAUUCGAUAUCAACGGCAAUGGCUUCACAAUCAGCGUACACAAGUACCUCACGGCUGGUCCAACGCUACAAGUGGCGACCCGGACCGCCAUCGAUAACCUUUCGGCAAGUGUUCCGAGCGGCUUCGCCACCUCGGGUGAAAUUGGACUGUUGGAAAACAUUCGACAUCACCUGACGCUCGCGCUUACUGGCGCAGUGUAUGGACCGGAGAACCCAUACGACGACCCUGACAUCGAGGCUAGCUGGCAGGAGUUCGUCCCGGGUAUCAGUCACCUCCUCUACAGCCCGCUCCCGUCGCUCACCGCCCGCAAAUGCCUCCGUGCCCGCGGCCGGGUUAUUGAUGCUUUCAAAAAGUAUUUUGAGACCGAUGGCCACCUCCAAGCAUUUCCAAUGAUUGCCGAAAUGUUCGAGGCAAACAAGGGGCACGGUCUUUCAGCGAGUGAAGCCGCCAAGAUGGAAAUGGCGACAUCGCUCGCAAUGCUCAGCAGCAGCGCCAUCACGACAUUCUGGCUAAUGUUUCACGUUCUCUCCAAUCCCUCGGCCCUCAGCGAUUGCCGCCAAGAACUCCUCGGCCUUGUUGUCAACGAAGCCGAGACCAACACAGGCCAUGUUAAGGUCGUCGACUUGGCCACGAUUAAGGCCAAAUGCCCAACCCUAGCAGCUAUGCUGCACGAGACUCUUCGCUAUCACAGCACAGUGAUCAACGUCAAGAAGGUACAUCAUGACACCACCCUUGCCUCUCAAUACUAUCUCAAGAAGGGUGGCAUCUUGAUGAUCCCGGGAACUGCUGUGCACCACGACCCUGAGGUAUGGGGCCAUGGCGCAGAAACCUUCGACCACCGGCGCUUUCUUAAUCCUGAAGGACACAAGAAGCUCUCAAGCACUUCGGCUUUCCGUCCUUUCGGCGCUGGCGCCACGAUGUGCCCAGGUCGGCACUUUUCCACGAACACUAUCCUCUCGCUCGUUGCUAUGGUCCUUCUGCAGUUCGAAAUACGUCCUGUCGAGGGGCGGUGGAGUAUGCCUACGAAGCGUAACGCAGACCUUUGGAACGCGAUGCCCAAGCCAGACAACGACGUACGAGUUCGCAUUGCCCGGAGGAAAGACCCUGGAACCGCGCAGUGGAAGUUUGUAUGGGGCAGCACGGUGCAGGGUAUGUGAGCAUAUAUAGAGGUCACACCCUGUUGAACUCGCCUGUUCCAUUAAAACGCACGCGUCUCCGCAAUCCCUUAUUAUGGGAGGUCCGAGCCAGGCUUGGGGACGACUAUAGCAGACUCAUUGUCAACAACUACAUCGGCGAAUGUAGACAACAUGACGG